AUGCCCAUGGUUGCUGUGGAGAGUAGUGCAGGAGGAGCUCACUGUUUCCCGGAUCUUCGAGUUGGAGUAUUCAAAGAAAUUGUACCACUGGGCAUUGAUCCUAAAGAAGUCUCUUAUAAAGAAACUGGAAUCCAUUUAACCCCUCAGGAAUUUCACAGAGAAGUAGAACAUUAUCUGUCUCAGUCCAGUCAAGGACAAAGUGAUACCAUCUUGCUGGAUUGUAGGAACUUCUAUGAAAGUAAAAUAGGACACUUCCAGGGCUGUCUGGCUCCAGAUAUCAGGAAGUUCAGCUAUUUUCCCAGCUAUGUUGAUGAAAACCUGAAGCUGUUUAAAAACAAGCGUGUCCUGAUGUACUGCACAGGAGGCAUUCGUUGUGAAAGAGGCUCUGCUUACCUGCGGAGCAAGGCAGUGUGCAAAGAGGUCUACCAGCUAAAAGGUGGAAUUCAUAAGUACUUGGAGGAAUUUCCAGAUGGCUUCUACAGGGGGAAGUUGUUUGUAUUUGAUGAUCGUUAUGCCAUUUGUUCCAAUGAAGAUGUCAUCUCAGCCUGCAGAUACUGUGGGACGCUUUGGGACCAGUAUAAACUUUGUUCCAGCCAGCACUGCCGGCAGCUUGUCCUGACGUGUCUGAGUUGUCGCAAGAAAGGUCUUACAGCUUGCUGUCCUGUUUGUCAAGAGAAAGAGCUUCAGGUGACCUCAGGAGCUCCAGGACAGGCACUAAAGGAGGAAUGUGAAUGCACAGAGAGACGGCCAAGAGUACCCAUUGAACAUAUCUCCCAAGGAGCACGGGGCACAGGAGAAGAUUAAGCUGUUUCAUUAGCUGAUCUGACGCUCAUGCUAAUUUGAAGGGCUUCUAAAACCAAAUCUCUAUCUGUUACUCAACUGGAUUACUAAGAAAUCACAAAAGUCUUUUAGCUUGGAAAGUCUUGUUUGUAACCCACUUUAAUAUCCUGAAAAAAGUGCAUUACUUGAACAUAUAUACUGGAGUGUACAAUCUAUUACUAGUGCUACUGGAUUCCUCUCCCUGCCUAGUCCUGUAGCCAGGCCUCUACCAUGGGGAUUUUGCAGCAGAGAUUGUGUGAUGGGACACAGCUGCUCACAACUUAAAGAAACUGAAGGGACGAAAAAAAAAAUCCACUGUUCUUCUUCCACGGUGGUGGAUCUUUCUGACUUCUCCAUUAAUUAUGUAUUUGCUGUAAUAGACCAUGCAGGGAUUAUGAAGUCUGCAGAUUUAUGAGUAUCUGGCUAAAUCACCAGAUUAGAGUUGAAGGUAUUUUCCACGUACAUACCCGUCUGCACCUACCUCUUGCUUUACCGUAGUGAGAAGCAAAGGGUAGUUACAUGAAGUCACAGAUUUAAUCCAGCAUAAAAACCUUGAAGGCAGAGUAAGGAUCCCUGUCACAACUGCAGCAAAGGCAGAGGACAUGCAUUGCACAGAAGUACUGUCUGCCCAGCUGCACCUGCUUAUGAUGUGUGGUAUGCCAGCAGAAGUGAUUCUCAUUUUGAUGCUUUUGUCAGCUGUUUUAUCCCUCUGCUUGUGAGUAUGUGAAAUAUCCAGGACUCGGCUCUGCUUGCACUAGAAGGAAAUGACAGCUUGAAGCAUGUUGCUACUGAGACACAAAGAGAGGGGAGGACAGAGACUGUCAUAAUACCAGUUAUGGCAGUGAAGUGGUGGUGAUGUGUGUGUGUAAAUCUCUGAAAAAGCAAUAAGAUUUGUUACCCACGUUAAACAACUCAAGAUGUCGGGAGCAUUUGUGCUUUGCAAAUACAGGUUGAGUUUUGGUAUCAUGGAAACAGGACAGCUUUUGGGUUGAAGUCCCUUCGACCUUUCCUUGUCUUGUGCUGGUGACCACGGGCCUGGAUGCAUUACUCCAGAUGGGGCCUCAUGAGGGCAGAAGGGAACAGUAACUUCCCUUGCUCUACUGGCCACCUCUCUCUUGAUGCAGCCAAGGAAACAGUUGGUUUCCUGCACUGGAUUGGAAUUAGAUCAUCUUUGAGGUCCCUUCCAAGCCAGGCUGUUCUGUGAUCCCUAUGGCCCACUCUGCCUCCAGGUUUAGCCUCUUUAAUGAGCUCUUCUGCAUCAGUGAGGACCAGGUCCAGAACUACUUCACCCGCUGCUGGUCUGUCUAAUAUCUGGACCAGGAAGUUACGCCGAGUGCACUCUAGCAGUCUUCUGGAUUGCUUACAAUCUGCUGCCUUGUUUUCCCAGCAGACAUCCAGGUGGAAGUUGAGAUCCCCCAACUGGAUGAAAUACUGUGAACACGAUGCUUCUUGUAGAUGAUGUGAGAAGGCCUCAUCAAGAGGCUUCCCUUGAUCGGGAACCUGUAGAAGACACCAACCAUCGGAUGCCCUUUAUUGUUCUGGUCUUAAAUUUUAACCCCACAAGCUCUCAACUUGUCCAUGGUUGUUUUUCAGAGGCAGCUCUUUGCCAUCUAUCCAUUUCUUAACAUACAGGGCAACUCCUUCACCCCUCCUUCCUGCUUAUCUCUUCCAAAAAGCUUAUAGCCCUCAGUUCUAGUGUUCCACUUGGGUUAUUUAUCUCACCACGUUUCUGUGAUAGCUAUUAAGCCACGGUUUUCUAAUUGCACCAUGGCUUCCAUCCUACUUAUUUCCCAUGCUGUGAGCAUUGGGACUUCAGAUUCUUCUCAGAUUCCUCUGAGACAAAUCUGAGGGGCUGAUUACUAGCUCUCUCAUGUCAUAGGUUGGACAUGCCUGAUCUAUACUUUCUUGCUUUUGGUCCUUUUAUGCAAGGUCUGUGUGUAGAAAUAACCUCUGCAAGGCUUGUAGAAUUCUGUCUAGUGUGUUUCUGAGAAGUGGCUUAAUAACAGAUAAUGGUACUUGUGCAGGUGAAGCCACUGCACUUUGAUGCUGGAACAGCCCUAAGAAAAUCUUCUAUUUUAAUACAUGACUUUUAAUACUCUCUCUGAGGUGAGUGUCAGUGAAGGGCACACAGGGUGGAUUCAGCACACAGGCAUCAGCACCACAGGAUCCAACAGGUACUUCAGCUAGCUCAUCAAGACAAGUGCCCAACAGUGCAUGUAAAUCUUGAACAUUUCCUUCUAGCCUCUUCACCUGGCAGAAGUACAACCCUGGAUCAAAGUGUCCAGGUCGUCAUAAAGUAGGAGCUCUGGAAUCUAGUCUGCUGAUGCCUCUUUUACUGCAAUCUCCCUUCUGCUGUAUCCACCAUGCAUAAGUGCCAGAAAUGUUAAUAAAACUGAACUAUGAAUUUGAUCUUGCUUAUUGGACUGGACAGAGCAAGAUCAUCUAUCUUGUCAAAGAAAAUAAUUGAAGGUCUCAUCCAAGAGGCCUAUUAAAUAAUAAACAAAGCUGUUGUUCAGAUUCUCCCACCCAUUCACUCGGUGGUUGGCCUCUUUUUUCAUAAAAAAGGCUUUUUUCUUGUCACCUUGGCUACAGCUGUUAGUGCCAGCAAAAAUCUUCAGCAGAAGCUGAAGCAAGACCCUUGGUCCCCUGGUAUCUUACCCCCAAAGCUUUGCUGGCCAGUAUACUUCUGGUACAGAUUGGAAUAUUAGUGGAAAAAUAUGCAAGCUUUUUACUUGCAGGACUGAUCUAGAGUGCUGGUGGAAGUGCUCAACUUGCAUACAAAACUAUUGCUUUUUGACAGGUAUUAACUUAAAAAGGACAUUUUAUAAUUUAUAGUCUAUCAGGAAAUUUGGAACAGUGUAAUCCUUUUGGAAGGUUGUUUCUGUACCACUUCUCAAUACAAAGUGAAGCAAGGAAGACUACAUUUUGUAUGUAAUCGUCUGAAAAUGGUAUAAUGAUAAAUAACUUCUGGUACUUCUGUCAUAGUUUUUAAAGUACUGCACAAUUACACGUUGUUUGUGUCUUGUUGGUGCUUAAUUUUGUAACAGUAAGUGCUGAAACCCAGUUAACUGUCUGCCACGUAGCAGACCUGGCUACCAGGUACAACUUUCCAGAGAGCUGGCAGCUGGAGGUCCUGCCUACCUCAAAGUCACAGGGCCUGUUCUGCUCCUUGCUGCAUUAGGGCAAUAGUGGAGAAGGGUUUGAAAUGUGCACAGGUUCCCUCUGCUACACAGAGGUGAGGGGAGGGGUAAGAUGCAUGCUUAGUCCCAUGAGCAGCCUUUUUAUCCUGUUUUCUGCAUUGCUUUUCUGAGAUUAACGCAGGUAUGGACUUGCUGUGCAAAACAUGAAUUGCUGUGUGCUGGUGGUAAUGCCUUAGAGAAGACGUGUCAGUUUCAGGGUAGGUCAGUGAGGCAGGAUUGGCUGCAGUCACCCAGUGGCUUUCUUCCCUUUUUGCUGGAGAGCUGCUGGAGAGAUGGAACAGUGAUCCACUUGAUCCUAAAUGUCACUGUUUUGUAACUCCACUGCUGCACAACUUGAUGCCUUUCAUCGCAAAGCCUGGUGCUUCUCAGCACAGCCACAUCUCUGCUUUGCAGUGGUUGGCUCACUUACGUUCUCUGACGUGUGUUUAGCAAAGCAGUUCCGUGGGAAAGACCAGCUGAGUUACCAGGGCUGGUCCCAUCAGCCUAACUGUGUUUGGACUACAUGGGUAAUGUGGAUGCUAAUUUCUCCAAAGCAGAAAAAGAUGUUUCUUAAAAGGCUUUUGUUGCUGAAGACGAAGUGCUGCUGUCACGUCCAUGACAGUGCUCCCUGCAUCUCCUUGCAUGUCUGGGUCACUGGUACCAUCAGGAUUUCCCAGGGUAAGGUGUGUUUAUGCGGUUCUGAAAAGUGACUGGGGCUGAUGAGCCUAUUCCAUGUAUAUCUGACUACAUAGCAAAAAGUAUUUUCGCUGUUGCUGUUGUGAUGUGGUUGCUUUGGAUCAAUUGCUCUCGAUAACAGUAAGAGACUUCUUUCAUCUCCUAGAAUCCUUUGCAAUCCAUAUUUGUUGUUCAUAAAUGCUUUGAGGCACUGGAUAAGUCUAUGUUGAUUCUCCUAAUUGACAUUUUCUUGCUGUUUCUUGUCCAGAAGCCUUUCAAGGCAUCCUACAGAAGUCCAAGGCCUUCAUGUCCAAAACCGUUAGCUUAGCUAACUGGGUAGCUGGUUAAAGACGCUCUCAGAGACUCAGGACAGUUAAGAAGUUUUUCCUUGGCGAUUCCAGAUUGCAGUUCAUGAAUGUACUCUUGUUGAGGACAGGGUACAAUCAUGUUCACUGUUUUUGAGUCCACCAGAUUUGGCAGGUGCAGAAAUGCACUCGUCAGCCAUCUCACGUUUUGUGGACAAAUCCUUGUCUCUUAAAGGAGCUUUACAGUCUUCAUUUAGAUUCAGGUCUUCAAUCAUUUUCUCAAAAAGAUCCUUAACUACUUUUUCUGAUAAGUUCAUGCAACGUUCAACAACAAGUGCCUGGGCAAGUGGAAUUCCACUUAUGCUACGUUGAGUGUCAAUAGAUGCUGAAUUAGAGGUUCCUUUUCUUUCACUGCUGAUUUCAUGAAGGAUGUGAUUCUGUCAUGCAGCUUAGGCCUGUUCUGGAACUCAUCUUCCAAGGAGCACCCACUCCAUUUUGUGCUCAUCCUGCUGGGGCUCAUCCCUGGAGGUCUUCAAGGCCAGGUUGGAUGGGGCAGCAUGGUCUAGUGUUAGGUAUGGAGGUAGGUGGCUCUGCAUGUGUCGGGGGGGGCUGGAGCUUGGUGAUCCUUGAGGUCCCUUCCACCCCAAGCCAUGCCAUGAUUCCACGAUCCGAGAGGAUGGCUCAGCUGAAACUGUGACUCUGCUUUGAUGAAUUAGUUGAAGUUUUUGCAGCACAUAUGGUAGAAAGAUGUUUUCUGCCAGUUUCUUUUUUAUUGUUUAAUAUCUUCAAGACAUUUUCUUAUGUAUUAUUUUCAUUUUAUGACAUGGAACUUGCAGGCCUGGGGGGAGGAAGGAAGAAGCUAUAGGAACGCAUUUUAUUUGGCAUUGCUGGCACAUUUAUUAAGCUUUGAAGAACGAUAAAUUUUCCCACACUGAUGGAAGUACAGUGUUUCUCUGCUCUGUUGGCCAGAGCCAAAGUGCACGGUAUUUGUGCACAAGCUCUGUAGAAAUCUGUGGGGCUUUUGCUGGAGUAUGUGUAGGAGGCUGCAGGAGUACUUUAACAGAUCUGUGCAGAUAGAUUAUUGUAGGCGAGAACUCUUGCUAGGAUAUGUUGUUGUCAGACCAAGAAUAAGGCUUUUGUACAGCAAUGCUCUUGCCUGGCGAUCUUCCUAUCAGUCGGGAUCCUCGCAGGGAUGUUGGAUGGGAUUGUCCUGGGUCCACUGCACUGCGUGUCUGGGAGGUACAUAUCCCCAGGGGGAAUUACUCCUCUAGGAACCACAAAAAGUUUUCAGGCUGUGUGCAGCCUAGGUUUAGAGUCAGGAUGUUGAUGUUUGUUGGCAGCUUUCUGAGGACACAGUGCUUAGCCUUGCAUUUAUGCCUCUGCAUAUGUUAGGGGUGGCAUUAAGCAAAACAAUCUGCAGCAUAACAAAAUUUAAUGGACAGAGUCAUCUUGAUAAAGCAGCAAAGAAAGGGGAUUUGACUUGUUGCCAGUGCGAAUCUGGACGUGCACUUUUAAAGUCAUGAAACUGUGGGGAUUAGAAGAGAGGACUCUCAUUUACUGAUUAGUUUGGCUACUUCAGGCCAAACUCAGGAUUUGCAUCAGGUCCCUAAAAGUGAUGUUUUUAUUCAGACACACAUAGGGUAGAAUGAUGCUACACCAUUCUCCAGUGCUCGGUUUUUGAGACUCUUUAUUUCACAAUUGGUGGCCUUAAGUUCAACCUUUACUGCAUGGCUAUGGGGAGGAUCAAUAGUUUCUAAGAAACACAGGGAUUCGUUUGAAAAGCAGCACAUCUAACUAACUGACUCAGCAAAUGUGGGUUUAAAAAAAAGUACACUUUGCAGCUAUCUAAUUUAGCCAUGUUUCUGAAUAGUAGAAGUUCUGGUUAAACUAGUUGCUCCUCUAUGCUGACUUGAAAUCAUUUUGGGAAAAAAAA